UACAGUCAAUUACUCACUACUAGUGCUGCUCCCUCACUCUCUCUUCUUUCUCUUUUGUUGAGUGUUGAUGAUGUUGCUGCUCUAUCUGUCUCUUAUUGUUACUGUGUCUUUCUAUCAUGGAUGCAAUGCUGGAGUAUCAGUAUUGAUUGGUGAUAAAACUAUUCAAAAUGGAGAUGAAGUGGAAGUCAGUCCUGGUGGAAAUCUUACGGUAACAUGUUCCACUAAUAAUGAGAAUGAAACGGCAUUACUGGUUUCAUCCAACAAUACUGUUAAUAUAACAGUUGUGAAUAACUCAACACUGAACAGUGAAGAGUACCUUGUACACAAUAUAAUGAAGGAAAGUCAUAACAGUGUGAUAACUUGUCAUGAUAAUACAACCAGCACAUACUUCUAUCUUAAUGUAACAUAUGUUCCAGAGAUUACGCUUUCUCAGGAUAGUUAUUUAAAAGAGGAAGGAAUAAAUUUAACCAUACCAAUAAACAUUUCAGCCAAUCCUCCAGUAGAGAGUGUUCACUGGUAUAUGAAUGGUGCUCCUAUUAACGAUAUGAAUGUGAUGACAUCAGAUGACAGUAUAAUGUUUCAAGACCUUGAUAGAACGCAUGGUGGGAACUACAGUGUGCAAGGUCAUAAUAGUAAAGGAGAUGGAGAUAAUGCUACCUUCUUGUUAACUGUGUAUUUUGACAUAGAGUUUGCAGCCAGUGAUAAUUUUAAUGAGAGUAACAUGACAACAGUAGAAUUGCAUGAAGGAGAGAUGUAUACAAUAAACUGUUCUCUGUCAUCAGUUGGUUCUCAUCCACCCAACACUACUGUACACAUACAACAAAGCAAUGGAAGUUUGAUAUACAACGAAUCAGAGAUGAAUAUCACAGCAAGCAGAGAUACCUAUUACCUCUGUGUAGCUAAUAAUGUGAUGGAGACAGCUUAUUUCAACUAUAGCAUCAUAGUGAUUCCAGCUACAACUCCAUCACCUUCACCAACAUCAUCACCAAUGCCAAGUCCUACACGAACACCAGGAGCAGGUUAUACUGUCACUGUUAGCUUUGGACUGGUCAUCAUUGCUAUUGUCCUAUCUUUCUUUGUCAACUGAAAAGAGACUUUACUGCUCUUUCAUUAUGUGUACUGUAGGAACCUUCUGUAUCAUUACUAUACUGUAGAGUGUACUGUUGUUGUUGUUAUUGUAUUUGCAUGUAUGUAAUUAUAAUAAUAAUAGAAAUAUUGUUGGUAGAUUAAAUUUAUUAUAAAAAAUAACGAUUCGCGACAAAUAUUAGGAAUAAA